AUGUGUAGAUCUCAUUCUCCUUCAAACAUCUUCACCUGGAGUAAGUGGUGCAUGUAGUUGGAUUAUUCCCGCUAGGCGUUACUGUCUUAUUCUUAUCUGUGCUUGGGAGUCUCCCGGUCCCGGAGGAUCUACGGCCCAAGAUCCCGUGUUGCAGACUGUCAGUGUUUAGAUCUCUACCUACUGUAGAGUAGUGCCUAGACAGGCGCUGUGUCGUCAUUACAUCGUGGCUCGGCUGUGCACGGCCGUGUGAUCUGCACAACGACGUCUUUGCGCGCAGUUUCGAUCACUCCGUUCAUUCAAUCCGUGUCAUAUCGAGCCUUUUUGCAGGCUUCUCGUGUUGAUGACACCAGUGAGCGCCAGUGAACGCACGACGCGGAGCUAGCGCGGGAUAUCAAUCGGCGAUUGAUUUAUUCUUGCCGCCGCUAUUGCUGAAAAUAUCAUUGCUGUCCCUUAGUUCAAAAGCUUCAAUUCUCCUCUCUCGCAGCCAAAAAAUUAAUGAUCUAGGUCGGGCACAAUACAGCAGUUGGCCUUUCUCACGUCACACGACAAUGGGACUGGCGUGGAUUUCUAUUGCCUUGCUGCUCCGCUGUGCUGCUGCAAUGGCAACGUCGGAAGGAAUUUCCUGCGAAGGAAAUAGGAAUGGAAACUGCUUCGUAUCCUCGUCGCAAGGUACUGCAGGCGGAGGCGCGGGUGCCAUGGCCGUGCCGCUCUCAUCAUUGAGUGUGCAGUCGACUUGCGAUGUGGACAGCGCUUACAGCGUGCCGUCCGCCAGUCGACCCGGAGCGUUUUUCCGCUCGGCAGUGCUGAACGACGACAACCUUCCUUUCAAUGGAAGUGUACGAAGGCUGCUUCAAGACUGGUACUACCAUGGCAACUUGACCAGCGGUGCAGUGGCAUCCGCCGCUGCCGGUUAUGCCACAUCAACCUUUAUCAUUGCGUCUGUUGUAUUCGCCCUGGCGCUGAUCCUCCCCAUGCUCGGCGCCGUGUGGCAGGCGUACGCACGGCGGAAAGCGGACGAGCAGCGGACGCGCACCGGCUGGUCACGCGACACCGUACUCACGGCCGCCACCAUGCUCUUCCUUGCCGCGGGAGCACUGACGCUCGUCGUCGUGGCCAUGCUGGCGAGCUUCAACUCUCGGAGUGCGCUGAACGAUGUGGGCCCAGUUGUCACCGCAGACCUCAAGCAGCUUGAUCACUACGUGUCAUCAACAGUGCGCAGUAUGAACAGGACUUUGGUCGGAAGAGGCAAAUGUUUGGCCGACUAUGUUGACAAAGGAAAACAAGUUGAUGCUGCGCUGCUCGAACAUCAAGUACAGCAAGAGGAGCGCCUGCUCGGAAAUCUGUCCGAGUUUGCUCCGUCAGCAAGCCCUGCCAUUGCAAACCUCAGCGCCCUGGCGGCACGGCUGACGCAUGCUGCCGAUGCACUCAGAGCCGUGCUGGAUCAGCACAUGCAGGAGGCGAAUGAGAUGUUCUCAUCCGAUACGAAUAUCACAGAGCUUUGCUUGGACGAGUCUAGUAUGCGUAAUGUCGACUUGUCACCUGAGAAUGCCACCGACACGAACAACACGGACAUCACUGGCUUGUGCGAGGACUAUGCGCAGUCCAAGAACUUGUCAGAGUACUAUGAGAAUCUGCUGGAGGGACUGACCUUGUCGUCAGAGAUGGUCUGUGAGCUGCUGUCUUGUAUGAAUGCAAGCAACGUCACCGGCCAGCACUGGAACGCCCAAAUACAGACCCUGAGUGCAAUGCACAAUGCUAGUGCAUCACUAACUGGUGUGUUUGUAAAUGACACUUUGGACUCUACAAAUGGCGACUCUUCGCCUGGCGCUGACUGGCUCCGAUCAGUGAAGUCUUCGAUGCAGCAGGCUAUGGAUGAAGGACAGGAGUUCCUCAACAGCACGCUCGGCCUGCCCGGCACAUACUCGAAGAUUGACGACAUGAUGAGCAAACACAUUGGUCGCUAUGAGGACUAUCGACACGUCCUCUCCGUGAUGUUGCUCAUCUGCACCAUGGCGGCCGUGCUGUCCAUGCUUGUUCUGGCGCUGUACGGCUUUGUCCUGCUGCGCUGCCAGGACCAUGGCAGGGCAAGUGUGGAGCUCAGUGAGCGCCUCACCCUGAUCGGCCGUCUCCUGGAAAGGUUAGUGACAUGUGGCUACAUCCUGCUGGUCAUCAUCUUCUGGACUGCUGGCUGGUUCUUCAUUGGUGCAUCACUGCUGGGAUCAACGUGCGGAGAGAACCGGAACAUGACAGCAGUGCUUGCUAAUGUAGUGGAUAAUCCCAACAUUUGGCAUGGGGACCUGCCACUAGCAAGACAAGUGUUGCGCAAUGCCAGCUCUGAAUACCCGCUAACUGCAAGCGGCGUGUUGGCAGACUGCCGGUCGGCAGGGGAAUCGUCCGUGUGGCGUGCCCUGCAUCUCGAGUAUCGGCAGCCACUUGACAAGCUCACCGGAUCCAGUGCUAACUUUGGCUCGCAGUCACAGGAAAGUGCAGAUGCUUUGGAGGACAUUCGCCAACACCUGAGGCACCACCAUCAUCGAUGCCUCAACGGCAGCAAGCUGAAAUCCUUGCAAGCGAUGGGCCAGGACAUUCUAACGGAGUUGGGAGCAGUGAAUGGCAGCCGGGAUCGGCUUUCAUCACAACUUGGCGAUUUGCUCAAUGCUGGUGAAUCAAUUGAGACUGCAGCGGCUCUGCUGCACAACCAACGCCAUAGUGUUCACAUACUGAUCAACCAUACUGCUCAGGUCAUCUCCAGUGGCACUUUACACCGAGGCACGCAACAAGCUGCUGACCAACAUAUUGAAAGAUUCGCCCGUUGCACAUCGGAUAUGAUCACUCAGCCAGGGCAGUGUCAGAACCUGCCGUGCCUGUAUCAGUCAACAACACGUGCGAUGUGCGGUGAUUACCUAUCAGCCGUUGAUGUCUUCUGGUUCUAUUGCUUCUGGAGCGGCGUGGUGCUGUGGAUCAAUCUUCUGGUUGUGGCCUGGAUAAGCCGCAAAUAUUUUAUCGAGCCACAGCCGGUGAUCCAUGACUUCUCUUCACCCAAGGCCAUGGCAAUCCAGUUGACGGCCUCGCUUCUCUUCGGAGCUGCAUGGAUCCUGGACCUCAUGGUGACCAUAGAGUUCUACCAUGAACGUAGUAGUGGCGGCAUGGGAACUCAGUCAAUGUGGUUGGUUGCAGUUGUAUUGCUGGCUGUGUCCGGUGCUGUCGGCCUGCUGGUACGUGCUGUCUGCUGGGUCCUGGUGGACAGGGCUUCAGGUUCCACUGAUCUUGGUGAGCAGCGUGGCUGGAUACAUCGCCGUCACGGCUGGCAGUUCCUGGGCGACCUCAGCAAGUUGAUUCUUCAGGACAUCCCAUUCUUCGCCCUGCUGGUCGCGUACUGCCACCGCAACCACUACGUCGGCACAGUGGCCUUUAUAGCUAUGAUCUUGGCGGUGAUUGGAAUCUGCUAUUUCUUCGUGUUUGCCCUCCUGAUCAAUUGGAGGAACACUAGACGCUACAUCUCCUGGACCAUGUCCAGCUCUCGGGGCAAGCAUGGCAAGUACAGGAUGACCGGGUUGUCACCAUCCCCGGUACCCGAUGAGACCACCAACGGUAUACACCUGCGCUCCGCCACCAGAAUUCAACGUCUGGCGACACUGACAGUGGCUGGCGAUCCGGGCCGUAGCGACGACGAGGUUUACGAGUCCGAUGCCGACCAGCUGGAGCGUGCUGCCACAGGGCAGGAUGGAUCUGUGGAGGUGCUGUCCACUUCCAUUCAGGAGCCGCGAUGGACCGCAGAGCCAGAGAUGCAUGCUACCAGUGACACGAUGCCACCCGUGGUAUCUUCGGACACCAACUCCGACAUGGGCACGCUGGAGCGACGCAGGAACACGCCCGCGCUGCGCUCCACGACGCCGAUACGGCCCGCCAAAGUGGCACCGGCGCCCACCAUUACCGACACCGCUGCCCGCGAUGCGGUAGCGUCGACGUCGACAACGUGGACCAGAGCGGCCGCUACGGCACAUUACACGAGCGGGCCUCGCAGCGACAUGACCAGCCGUCACUCCACGUCUAGCGUCAGCAGUGCGGGCAACGGACGACCUACGUCUACAGCGAUGACCCUCGACCAGCUUCUGAGCGAGUGGGAUGCAAGCCAGCAGGCCGUCAGUGGUAAGGCCGGCACUGGUGGCACUGGCGGCACUGGCGGUAAAAAGCGGACAAAGUAUGCCACGUGGAGCGAGGCCCCACCGGCCCAUCUGAUGGCUGCCAUCGAGCAGGAGAUGUCCGGGCACAGCCAGCUGGAGGGCACCACCACGUUCUGCACUACCGCGGCGCCACCGCCAAUCAUUGAGGAGGUAGAUGGUGGGCUGCCGCCGCCGCCACCUGAGGCCAUGGAUGCGCUGUUCACACUCGACUCCAACAUCUCCUAUGCAGCACGCACGGCAUCUCUGCCGACCAGUGACAAGGCAAGGAAGAGAUAUGAGCGACGUCUGAUGGCCAGCGGUACAGCUGGGCCCAACGCUGAGCGAAUCAGACAGAAUAGCGUUGGCAACGGAGUCCUAGUGGAAGAUCAACUGGCAGAUGUAGAAUAUCUCGAUUUUCACGAAGUGAAAUCAUCGUCACUAUCCAUUGAUGUUUGAGGCUGCUAGCAGGUCAGGGCCACAUCAAACACGGAGUGCAACGCCAACUGGCCGCUCAUGUCACCAGCAUUGUGUCGUACAGGAGUCGGCUACUGUGGAGGCUCCCACACAUUCGCCUCAUACUUGUACGUUAUGAUGGAAGAGUGCUGCAAUUGGCGGGCAGCUGCCCCUCCCCCCCCCCCCCCCCCCUCUCCGGCUUCAUUUCGGUACCCGGGUACGAUUUGCCGAGCAAGCCAAGUCUCUGCUGCUAUACCAGAUCAUGUGACGAUAACAUCAAGCGGCAAUCGGUGAACCCAUAGCCACAUCUCGGUCCUGUAGUACUACCACGACUGGCGACGGCUUUCUACGUAACCAUGGUAAUGUGCUGGCAACCUUGAGACAACUAUGCUAUGCAGAAGACUACAGAUAUUUAUUAUUCUCCACACAAGCAGCCUGGUGUUUCUUCAUUCACAAAAACUGUUUCUGAUUCUUAUCUCUAUACGUGCUUUACCGUAGCAUUGGGUUUACCAAACGGGCCGCAAUGCAUAGUCACUUUAUCUGAUUGUACAAUCACAUGAUUAAUAGCUAUGUUAUCAUGGAAGACUGAAGAGAUUGUCAGGGUUUAUGUCACGCACAGUACUUUACACUGUGUACUGUACCAUUGCGUCUUUCGCGAUUCACACAGUGCUAGAGAACCGUGGUAGACAGUCGCUGUGGCCGGACCCAGUCCCGGGCCAAUAGUUUCGCCGGCUCUCAGCUAUCACAGGACAACUGUGCUCUCUUGUUCUCACUUUGUUUUUGUGAAGCGCUUUUUUUUUUAACCCUUUCACGGUCUCAGAAUCCAGUCAAAAUGAGGCUAUUUACAGAAUUCAACAAUUUCGUACCUUGAUUCAUCCAUAACUUCAGUUUCCCUUCGCUGAUUUUCAUGAUCUUGGGCUCUCUGGAAAGCUCUGGACACGAGCAACACGCUAAGCUACAAUUCGACACCAAGCGUGCCGUGGAUCCAGCGCUGCAGCGCAGCGACAUCGCCCCAGUGCUUGAUUCACGACGAGAAACAAGAUUCAACAGCCAUUUCCCUCUCCUUGCUCACAUCGAGCUCACAUUUUUUGUGAGGAGUGCUGCGAGUCCAUACUCUCAUUUGAAUCCGUGUCUCUAUGGCGACAGCUAGCUGCAAAGGGAAAAACCCGUCCUCAAGACCCAGCUCGCCCACUCAAAUCGCAAAUGAGCCGUGACGCAGAUCGCGAGCUUCGUAGCAUCGCAGCCGUUCACUCUAUCGCUUCGGCGAUUGUUCCUACGGAUAGCCUGGAGCUUUCUCUUCAACCUAGAUAUUUAGAUGUUCGAAUUUGCUCAAAAAUUGACUGAGUUACGAUAGUUUGAAAAAAUCGAUCACCGGUGAUCGAUUUUCAAAUGUGAGACCGUAAAAGGGUUAAAGAACAGCAUGCAUGCUUGUAACUGUCUCCGCUAUGCACUGGUAACUAUCGGAUGCCCGGCAAUUCAAUUGUGCUUGCUGUUACCAGCUCACAGCUCAGUGCCACAGCUGUUUCAUGUGUAUUGUAGUUUUAUACAGUAUUUAUUUUCGGCGUCACAGCUUGUGGGUCGAGUCAUCAUCCGGGCUUUGCCAGUUCCGACACUCAGUUGUAGUGGAGUGUUGUGGUUGCAAUAAACAUGGUAACAAAG